AUGGGUUCAGGAGAUGCGCGAGACAGUCCCAGAGGGGAGAAAGGCGGAGGUGGCGGUGGCUACUACGGUGGCAAAGGCAAAGGUGGCGAUGGUGGUGGCGGGUACUAUGGGAAGGGCGGCGGUGGCGGUGGGGGCUACUACUCCCAAGGCCUCCGCAGCAUCACGGUUGACCUGGCAGUGUACGAAGCUGUUUACCAAGGCAAAGGAGGCGAUGGAGGAGGCCCGGACGCAGCCUGGACAUGA